GGUGCAGACAGGGAUGGCUGCGCCUUACGGUGGGGGUGUUUUUCCACCCCCUGUGAACGGGGUAACUGGAGUCGUGGGGACAGCAGGAGCUGCUGGUGAAGUAAAACCACCACCUCCAGUGCCAACGAAGGAAGAAACAACUGGAUCUCAGCAACAAUCAACCCCAGGCGGCCCUCAGAUACAAACUACACAAGGCACACCACAUCAAGCUACCCCCGGUGCACCAGCUGCUACUAGUUUUAGUCCUCCACCUCCUCCUAAUGGUGUCGAUCAACAGGCGAUUGUGGAGCAGUCGGAGGUAUUUCAAGCAGCAAUAGCUGCGGCCGCAGCAUCAGCAGCAAGUAGCGGAGGUCAGCAACCAGCACCAACUUCAGGUGGAACUGAGACGAGCACAGAGGGUGGCGUUGAAGGUAACAACAUGGUCCCUGUUACGUCGGGAGCGACGACAACGGCGACAGCAACACAAGGAUCUGACCUCAAGGGUCAACCGAAACGACUUCACGUCAGCAACAUACCUUUUCGUUUUAGAGACCCUGAUCUUAGGGCAAUGUUUGGGCAAUAUGGCCCGAUAUUGGAUGUAGAGAUCAUUUUUAAUGAACGUGGAAGCAAGGGAUUCGGUUUUGUAACAUUCGCGAAUAGUGCCCAUGCGGACCAGGCACGUGAGAGGCUACACGGCACCGUGGUUGAGGGCAGAAAGAUUGAGGUGAACAACGCAACAGCGAGAGUGCAGACAAAAAAACCACCAACAGUGCCGAAUGUGUGUGUCCAAUGGCCAGAGGCUGCUACUCUCCGGGGUGUUGCCAUUCAACGUGGACGAGUUGGCCCUGCAGCAAGAGCUACUUUUCCAGCAAGUGCUGCCGCAUUAGCACUUGCACGUAAUCCUGGACCUCUUGCCGCCGCAACUGCACUGCAUCCGUUUGCACCUGCUGUUUAUUACGACCCCUUCUUAGCAGCACAUGCAGCGCAAGAUCCCAACUACAGGCUGCAGGCUAAAGCUCCCGCUCUGGAGGCAGCAGCAGCGGCCGCAGCAGCAUCUCCACUCUUGAAGACACCCUUAUCGACAGCUCAACAGGCCACUUAUGCAGCAGCAGCAACAUAUACAGCAGUAGCUGCACGAGCUUAUGGUGCAGCCGCAGCAGCCGCACAACCAGUUGCUGGAUACGCCGCAGUGGCGGGGUACGGACGUGAGUAUGCUGACCCUUAUCUCGGACAUAGCAUUGGACCCAUGACAAACUACGGAGCGACAGUAUAUAGAGGUGGAUACAACAGGUUUACACCAUACUAAAGAAAGAUAAUAAGACUUUCCAUUGAGGUUUGCACCGCUUAAUAUCAAGCAGAUCACGACCAGAAGACACGAAAUAAUAAUUCAUUCAUCUCCAAGAAACAGAGUUCCUGAACAAUUUUCAUGAGUCUGUAUGAUAUUCUCGCAGCAAAAAAAAUAUAUAAAUCAAGAAAAAAUUUAGUAGAAACAGAAAACACAUUAAUAAAUCGUGUAUGUACUCAAUGAUCUCAGCUGAAUCUCCUGGACGACUGUUCGUGUUUCACGGCAGCACUAACCCUCCGAGCGACAUUGAUGAAGAGGAUCACGAACGAGAACGUAUAGUUGGAUGUAUAGAACAGCAAGAUAAAAAAUAGAAUAGAUAGGUGGUAAAUUUCCACGAAUUCAUUGGAAACAAGUAGGAAAGAAGAGGAUGGAACGUGAAUUCUGGACCGUUGUUAUUGGGAAAUUUGUCGCUUGGGUGCGACCUCCUGGAUCGUUGCAAUUGAAAUUGACAGCUCGCUUCAUGGGCGACAGUCGUUCGCGGUUGGGGUGAUGGGGCUGUGACACUGCGAAUUUACGUUGUCAUCCAUCCGAAGAAAAAAAACGGCUCGCGGCCGCAUUUCGAUCUAUUACAGUAACGGGAGAUUAAAUUUGAUCAGAGUUAAUCUACGAAUAAAAACGUUGAAAAAUUAACAGAACUUUAAAAAACUAACAGAAAUAAAAUCUAAAAUAUCAUAGAGAAGUGAUAUUAUGUCAAGGAAUUCUGUAAAUUCGCACAACACUCCAUAUAUGCACAUUAAAAUGAAAACCAAUUCACAAAGUACUCAUCACAUAAAAUCAUUCGCCAAAUUGUAAUAUAGUUGUAUAUCAAGUAUUGACUGCAUUCGCUUUUAAACGUUUACAUGUAUAAAUGAUUUAAAAUCUAAUUAUUUUGUUUAUCAAUGUACUGUCGUGCUCGCAAAAAUGUGUCACAGUGUCCCCAAAUGUCACAGCACACUACUCCUAUUUCUUGCAAAAGUGAGAUUGACACAAAUAAAAUAAUAAUUAUUAAAAUAAUAAUGAUACAAAGGAAAUUAAGAAAAAGGAAUGAAUUAUAAUAAGACAGAACAACAAAAUAAUUGUAAAAUCAUGAAAAAUUUUUAGGUAGCUAGUUUACCAUUAAGAUAAGUACGUAAGUUGGUAGAUUUCUAUGCCAAAUAUGUGUGUAGGUCAUUUACAAACCAAACGUCUAGGUACAAUAGAGCGUUUUAGAAUAAACUGCAGCAGGAAAACGUUAUAAAAUAAAAAAUACGUUUUUAAAAUGAUGAAAAACGAAUAAAAAAAUACUAAACUAGACCGUAUAUACCGGAUUCUGGUAAAUAUAAAAAAAGAACAGGGUCUAGUCACAGUUAUACUCUCUACCGAAAACAAUCAAAUGUUUUUUUUAAUUAUUGUUCUUUAUUUUUAAGAUAUUUUUUCCUACGUUCAUUAAAUUAUUAUUACAUUCAUGGACCAGAAGGUCACUUUGAUGGUGUGUACGGUCUGGAUGGAAUUUUUCCUGUAAAAAAAUUUAACACAUAAUUAUCAGUAAUGUGGAUACAUAUUAAAAGCAACAAACCUACCGUAACUUAUUUAUUUAGUUAAUCAAAGCCUACAUGACAUGUUUUCUAUUUUUGUUUUUUUUUUAUAUUUAGUAUGUAGUUAUUAACGAAUUAAAAUAUAAUUGUAAAUUAACUGUUAAGUUAAUUAUUAAUUAUUUGAUAAAUUUUUGCAUGGAAUCUCAGUCAAUUCUGAGUCAACCAUAAAAUCAUUGAAAUAUCAGUAAAAUUCGGGAAAUACAUAUAUUUGAUCUAAUUAACGUUUCAGUUGAAAAUGUAAUAAAUAUUUUCCACGAGUCAUCUCGUAGACUCUGUUGGUUAGACAGAGCUUUUAAUACGCUCUGCAUCCGUAUAAUUCAUUUUAAGGGGCUCGUGGAUAAAACGAGCAAACUUCAUAUGAGUAGAGAGAUUAAAUGGAAAUUGGUACGCACACAUUAAAGUUGAGCGAGUGAUAUUUCCUGUUAAAAAAUUAGUUUAAGCGAAGAUUUAUCAUAUAAGUGAGAGCACGUGAGACUUUUUGCGGGCUUUAUUGUAUAUGUGAAUGAAAAAAUGUGUGUAAGUGUGUAAUAGAAAACGAGAGAAAGAGCGGAAAGAUAAAAAUUUGGGUGAUUACUAAAAAAUACAAAAAAAGAGUCGUGUGAAAUAGCCAAAUAUGACAAAGAUGUUAGGAAUACGUUAA